UCCUUCCUCCGCUGCUCCGCUACGUGAGGUCGACUCGGAGGGAGGCGUACGUCGUGAAGAAAUCAUUUUAAAAACAGGGAGACGAAGGCAGAAAAACACCACCUACUCCCCCCAUCAAGCUGCCCCAGGAGCAGUGAAGUGUCUUAAUGGCAGUUCGUCGAGGACACAUCAAGUACUUGAAAGAGGUGUAUGACAUGUCGAACGGUUAUGAAGACCACAUGGGAGGGGACGAGGGGAAGGACUCCAAGACCAACCUGAUCGUGAACUACCUGCCUCAGAGCAUGACGCAGGACGAGCUGCGGAGCCUCUUCAGCAGCAUCGGGGAGGUGGAGUCCGCCAAGCUGAUUCGAGACAAAGUCGCAGGCCACAGUUUAGGGUACGGAUUUGUUAACUAUCUUAACCCUAGUGAUGCAGAAAGAGCUAUCAGUACACUGAAUGGACUAAGGCUACAGUCCAAAACUAUCAAGGUUUCAUUUGCUCGGCCCAGCUCUGAUACAAUAAAAGAUGCCAACCUGUAUAUCAGCGGUCUCCCAAAGGCCAUGACCCAGAAAGACGUGGAGGACAUGUUUUCAUGUUUUGGGCACAUCAUUAACUCCCGAGUACUUGUAGAUCAGGGUACAGGUGCGACAGGUGUGUCCCGUGGCGUGGCUUUUAUCCGGUUUGACAAACGGGCGGAGGCGGAGGAAGCCGUCAAGAGCCUGAAUGGCCAAACACCACCGGGGACCGCCGAGCCAAUCACAGUGAAAUUUGCCGCCAACCCUAACCAGGCGAAAAACACACAGCUCAUUUCUCAGCUCUACCACAACCAAUCCCGACGCUUCGGGGGGCCAGUACACCACCAGGCACAGAGGUUCAGAUUUUCCCCCAUGAGUGUCGAUCACAUGGGUAGCAUGGGAGGUGUCAGUGUCCCCGGCACCUCAACCUCCGGCUGGUGCAUCUUCAUCUACAACCUGGGCCAGGACGCCGACGAGAGCCUCCUGUGGCAGAUGUUCGGCCCCUUCGGCGCCGUAACCAACGUCAAGGUGAUCCGAGACUUCAACACCAACAAGUGCAAGGGCUUCGGCUUCGUCACCAUGACCAACUACGAGGAGGCGGCCAUGGCCAUCGCAAGCCUGAACGGCUACCGGCUCGGAGACAAGAUACUGCAAGUGUCCUUCAAGACCAGCAAGGGCCACAAGUAGAGAGAGCUGGACAAUCAGGUGUAGAGGAGACGGGGGAGGGAAAUUACCUGCACCAGGCUUUUAUUUGAGAGAGCUAAAGUACGAGUUUGCAAAGUCUGGCACAUCUGUUUGGGUUUUAGUGUACUACGAGUGAAAUGAGACUCUUCUGCACCUUUUGUUACUGGUCUAAGGCUGACUUAAUGUUAUUUUGAUUGUUCUGUUUCUUUUUGUCUUUAUUCUCAUGCUUGUGGCUUGAGGACACUCAGUGGGUUUUUUUGUUUUUUUAGGGAGAAGAUGUUGAGUGCAAAAGCUACGCAAGAUAUCUUCAAGAUAAAGUUCGAAAAAUUAUCUAAUCUGAAAUACUGUCAGUAUCUAUUGCAUGUUUAACUGUGGGGACUAGAAUAAAAGAGGAAGGCGAUGGGUGCACUGAAAAUCCAGAAGCAUAAAUAACGACCUGAAAAUAGUUCAAAAAGUGUCUAAAAUUUGACAAUUAUGAAUCUACAGACGGGGAAACCACGUUUGGCAAUGAGCUGGUGGUUGUUUUCUUUUGGGGAAGCAGUGUUUUGUCCUGGUUCCUCAUCAGAAUUAGAAAUAGAUGCCUUAAAUGAUCAUCCAGUGACGCAGACUAAACAACCACUCACCGUCUGGAGUCAUUCUAAAACAAAAAAAAGCAAAGCACUUUUAAUCAGUCUGUUCUAGGUUUCUAUGUAUAUCAGUCAUUGUGAUGUUGAUCUACUUUUUCCUCACCCUCCGACCAGAUUAACAGUUUAGAACAUGACGAGUCUUGGAGGGAGAUGUUUUUUUUUGAUUUAGUUUUUUGUUUAUCCCUGUGUAAGUUGUCUUUUUAUUCUAAGUUGCAUCGCAGCAGAAUCCUGUGAAAAUGAUGAGUAGGGAAUUGAAAUGGACCAAAGACAGGGAGAGAUUUGAUCCUUAAGCCCCAGAGCAGAUUUCCACGAGGUAAAAAAUCACACUUUUAUUUUUAAGGAGGUACUGAGGUUAUAUCUGAUGCUGACUGAGAGCAACUUCAUUCAUGCUCAGUUUGCCGUUCUGUUUCGUUUUUACUUUGAUUUUGAGUUCUUUUCUUUUCCUUUUAUAGCUUUAGAUUUGUAUUCAUUACAAUGUAAGUUACAAACUUGUUUUAAUGAGUGCUCAUCUCAAGUUUGGAGAGAGAUUAAUGGCCUUUGUUAAUGAUUACAGUUUAGACUUGCUUUUCUUUUCUUUUUGUUUUGGUUGUUUCACUUUGAACAUAAACCAUUAAAUUUUAUUUUGUUUUGCUGAAA